UACUUUAGGUUGUCUUGCUGUUGUUUCAAUAAUGUCUGGACGAGGUAAGCAGGGUGGCAAGGCUCGCGCCAAGGCCAAGACCCGCUCGUCCCGGGCCGGCCUGCAGUUCCCCGUGGGCCGCGUGCACCGGCUGCUCCGCAAGGGCAACUACUCGGAGCGGGUGGGCGCCGGCGCCCCGGUCUACCUGGCGGCCGUGCUGGAGUACCUGACGGCCGAGAUCCUGGAGCUGGCUGGCAACGCGGCCCGCGACAACAAGAAGACGCGCAUCAUCCCGCGCCACCUGCAGCUGGCCAUCCGCAACGACGAGGAGCUCAACAAGCUGCUGGGCCGCGUCACCAUCGCGCAGGGCGGCGUCCUGCCCAACAUCCAGGCGGUGCUGCUGCCCAAGAAGACCGAGAGCCACCACAAGGCCAAGGGAAAGUAAUUUGACAACCAACCGUCAAAACUUUAGGAAACUUCAAACCCAAAGGCUCUUUUCAGAGCCCCC